AUGAAAAACAAUUCCGAAAGGAGCAGAUCAAACGAAGUUAGGAUACCAAUGGAGUUGGAUGAGAAACAACAUCUUGCAGAUGAGUCUGCUACUCUUCUGCUUGAUAAAGGCUUACCGGCGUCAGCAGUCGCGGUGAAAAUUGGAUGUUUCAUUCUCCGUAAGAUGAGUGAGAAUUUACGUGAGACUGGGGAUUUUGAACAACCAUGGAACAAACAAACAACAGGAGAAUACGAUUUGAUAUAA